CUUCUCCACUUUCAUUCAAAGAAACAGAAAUCCAAAGGCUUGGAGGAGCCACUUCAAUGAUUUCUCUACCUGUUGUCUUGUUGUACAGUGGUAAACGCUCACAGAAAGCUGCCCCACAGGCUCUUCUUGAUUCCUGCGGUGCGUCUGCCGGUGUGGCUCCACCUACAGCUUGCUGACUGUUUACAGGGAACAUGGGUAAAAUGGUCAAAAGUAGCUGACAGUGGGAAUCUGUAAUUAUGUUCUGAGAGGAGAAGUGGUUUUUAUGAAGAGGAUCCUCAGCUCUGUUCUCGGCACAGGGGGACAGUCGGGGGAAGGACGUGUGUUUUUAAUUGGCCUUCCGAUAAAACUGACUGUUUCCUGUGUACUGUGGGGCUGAGAGGUGGGGAGUGAUUUCAGAGGCAGUCUGAAAGCAGAGGCCCCUCCUGUUAACUUCUCAGAGGAUGUGUGAACAGAGACAGGGUGAAAAUUCAACACAUCACCCCAACACUAUACACACAUACUGAAUACAACACACCACAACCAAGAGAAGAGCAGCAGGAGGAGGACUGACUGACUAUUUGAAACUCAGCUGCUGUCUGGUUUUCAUUUCUACUCUAAGAUGGACAAGGAUGGAAAGAAGCCAAAGACCUAUGUUUCUACUUUCCAGCUUGCUCUUAAGCCUCAAUUCAGACCUCUCUGUAAGGAGAGGCAGGAAAAGGAUGUACUGGAUGCCAAUAACAGGACAUUAAUGGGAAACAACAAAGUGGAAGUCUCAUCUGCAACAGAGUCCCGACUGAGACCCGUCCAGGCACUGGAGACACCUCACUUCGAAAAAGCACUUAGUGAUUGUACGGUCUGUGAAGGAAGCGAUGCUACUUUUCAAGGUGUUAUCACAGGAAGUCAGCCUCUGAGCAUUUCCUGGCAACACAAUGGCAAAAGGGUGCGUUCAAAUAACACUUUCUUCAAGAAUGGUGUUGCCAGUCUGACUCUGACUCAGUGUUCACCUGGAGAUGCUGGGACGUAUACCUGCGUAGCAGAGAACGCUGCUGGAAAACAGUCAAGCAGUGCCGUGUUACACGUCACAGCAACAAAGGAAAUCCCCGGAACAAACAACCACGAGCUGCGCGGUGAGGUCACAUUCAAGAUUGCGUCACCUGAAAACACCCGAUUGUCCCCAGCUUCUAAAGAGAAAAGCCAUCAGAAAGAAGACAAUGUCUCCGCAGAUAUCACAGGCAUCGGCUUUCAAACAAAACUCCCUGCUUGCAAAGAAUCUCCUGUGGAGUUUUUAGACCCGCCAGAGAAGGUGGAGGUUCGAAUAGGAGAGCAGGCCCGGCUGCACUGUGAGUUCAGGAGCAGCUCCCUACCUGUGGCCUGCUGCUGGAUUUACAACAAAGACAAGGUGGUGGUAGGAGGGCAGAGGUUCUCUGUGAGGAGCAGUGAGACGCAAAGCCGGGUGGAGGUGUCUCAGGCCUGUCCAGCAGACACAGGCUUGUACACUGUCAUAGUACGAAACAGAGAAGGCUCUGCCCAGCACACAGUCUCCCUCAGUGUCAUAGAUCGGCCUGACCCACCGGCAUCCCAGCCUGUUGUAUCCCAGCUGUCCACUCAGUCCCUGGUUCUGUCCUGGACGGGUCCCAGCUACGACGGAGGAACAGCUGUGUUGGGCUACAUCGUGGAGGUCAAACAAGAAGGCCUGGACGAGCCUGGGAGCUGGACUGAAGCAGCAAGCCGUUGUAAAAACACAUCCUACCACGUCCGCUCAGACUUGGAGCCCCUGGGGCAGUACCGCUUUCGUGUCAGAGCUUACAACUCAGCAGGGGUCAGCGAACCAAGCCAGGAGUCUGAGUGCGUCAAGAUGGCCACUGCAAACAAAAAGAAGGAAGACCCUGGUUCAUACGUCACAGUGAACAUUGACACCAAGAACAAGGUCAAGGACCACUACAAUGUGCAUGAGAAGCUCGGAGUUGGGAAGUUUGGCCAGGUCUUCCGCUUGUCCCACAAAGAAACGGGCCAGGUGUGUGCAGGAAAGUUCUACCGAGCCCGAACCUCCAAGGAAAGGGAAGCGGCUCGCAAAGAAGUCGAACUAAUGAACUGUCUCCACCACCCGAAACUGGUCCAGUGUUUGGCUGCUUAUGACACUCGCUCGGAGAUGGUCAUGGUCAUGGAGUACAUUGCAGGUGGGGAGCUCUUCGAACGCAUCGUGGGUGACAACUUUGAGCACACGGAACCCACCAGUGCCCGCUACAUGCAGCAGAUCCUGGAGGGCAUGCAAUAUGUUCACAAGCAGAAUAUUGUCCACCUGGACCUCAAACCAGAGAACAUUGUGUGUGUGGAUACAACCGGUACACAGAUCAAGAUUAUCGACUUUGGCUUGGCUAGUAAACUUGAGGAGGGUAAACCUCUGAUGGUGAUGCAUGGUACACCAGAAUUUGUGGCUCCUGAGGUAAUCAACUAUGAGCCUGUGGGCCUGGAGACGGACAUGUGGAGCAUUGGAGUCAUCUGCUUCAUCUUGCUCAGUGGAGAAUCUCCCUUCCAGGGAAACAGCGAUGCUGAAACUUUUGCUCUUGUGACAAAGGCCUGCUACAUGUUUGACCAAGACAGUUUUGAGGACAUAUCUGAUCAAGCUAAAGACUUCAUCAGCUCGCUGCUGAAGAAAGACCGGAGAUGCAGGUUGUCAUGUACCGAAGCCCUCGCCCAUCCCUGGAUGGUGUCUUUUACCCCUCUGACCCGCAGACCCACCAAGUCCCUGAAUAAAGGGAAGAUGAAACGCUUCCUCGCCAGGCGCAAGUGGAAGAAAACUGGCAAGGCUGUUUUGGCCCUACAGCGGAUGGCUAACCUCUCUAACAGGCCAGACUCUCCUGGCAGCUCCUCAGAGGAGCCAGGCUGGAGCCAAGAGGCAGAGGAGGCCAUCCAGUCCCUGGAUAAGCAGCUCCAUAGCGAACCUCGCUUCCGGCGGGCCCUGAGGGACACAACCCUUCCCAAAGGAGCAACUGCUCAGCUAACAUGCCUUGUGAAUGGGUACCCGCAGCCGGAGGUGAAGUGGCUUCAGAACGAGAAGCCGGUCUCUGGAUCGUGUAGGGUGACCAUGGAGCAGCAUGAAGACGGGCUCUGUUGUCUGGUUCUGGCAGAUCUGGAGCCUUCUGACUCUGGGGUUUACGUGUGCAGGGCCAGCAACAAGCUGGGGGAAGCAAUGUGCUCUGCCAAACUGAAAGUGGAGAUGUGACUGAGGGAAAACACCAGCUGAGGCAACAACUGAAGGUUUGGUUUGGGAGGAGAUUCUUCAAGUCGACUGAUUUGAACAGACUGGACUUUGACACGACAUGAGUGUGUUGUGGACUUCCACGAUCGAAGGGAUAAUGACGUACAUCACAGUGUACCGACUAAGCCUGCUUUCUUUGUGUGGCUAACAUGUUCAGCCACCAAAGCACAUUGUUUUGUUGUACUUAAGUAAGACACUGUGGCUCAGCAUCGUUGACAGGACAGGUCACGUGAAAACUGUACAUUUUGCAUAUGUUAAGUAUCAUUAAAAUGUAAAAGUUUUAAAUGUAUUCAAAUUAAAGAUUGGAUUUUAGGGAAAAAUACUGCAUGGUUGAACAUGAAUGUUUAACACAUUUCUCAAAAGGCACACUUUCCUUUCAAACUAAGUGUAAAGACUGAAAUAAAACUGUCCAUGCUAUUUUCAAUUGUUUUAUGAAAAAAAAUACACAGAACUAAUAAAAUUUAACGACACAA